AUCAUCACCUGUAUUAUAUGGAUAGAUAACCAUUAAAAAAAACACGUCAAAAGUAAAGUUGACAACUCUAAAAAUGCGGAAUGAAUGGUCCUCCCUAUAGAUAAGACAUCAAUCAAGCUACCCUUUUUCCCCGUUUCUUGGAGUUUACCACAGGAACAGAGUACACAUCAGAAAGGUAAAAUUAAUGACACAUUUUAAACAAUUUGCCGUGUUCUAUCGUGUCCAGGGGCCACCGGAGUACCAGUAAAUACAACUCAGAUUGAAAAUGAGCCCACAUCUCAGAUCCGGCUGGGAUUUUCUAUAAAACACCCAUGUCCGAAUUCACCAAGCAGCUUAACGAUCCAAAGCUCCGUCCUUUCAGAAACUCCUAGAAAAAAGUUAUCACCGCUGCCAGACUUAUCCGUCAUUUCAGAAACUCCUAGAAAAUUUGUAUCACCGCUGCCAGAAAGAUCCAAAGAUCCAAAGCUCCGUCAUUUCAGAAAGUUCUACUAAAAUUUUCUCACCGCUGCCAUGAAUCUUCUCCGCGGAGCUCAAAAUAGUCAUGCUCUCUGUAACAUCAAAAAGGCCCAGAAAACAGAGACCAGUGUCGCGGCCAGGACUCGAUCUCGUGUCCUGCUGGUCAAAAAGCCCUCCCCUGCAGUCUCAGUGUUGGCCUUCAAUGGCCCAAACGGAGGCAACGGAGCAGUCGACAUGAAGUCCAUGACUGAGCAGACGGAGCGCCGACUGUUAGCCCUGAAACGAGCUCUGACCUUACCUGAACAAGAUAAAAAGCGCGGGCAGAGGGGUUUACGCGUGGCUUACCAGGGCAUUCCGGGAGCGUACAGCGAAGAGGCGGCCGUGGCGGCCCACCCGGGCUGCCAGGGCCUUCCUUGCGACACAUUCGACACGGCCGUCCAGUCUGUAGCGAGGAGGGUUGCGGACCGCGCAAUUCUGCCCGUGGAAAGCACAGCGGAGGGCAGCAUCCACCCAAAUUACGACCUCCUUCUGGACUACAGCCUCCAGAUCGUGGGGGAAAUCCAGUACCCGGUUCGUUACUGCCUGCUGGCCUUGCCGGGCGUUGCACGGGAAGAGAUAAAGCGCGUGAUGAGCCAUCCUUUGGCCUUGUCCCACUGUAGGAAAACCCUAACCAGAUUAGGGCUCCCGAAUAUCUCGAAGCAGACCACGGAGGACACGGCGGGCGCCGCGGAGUGCGUUUCGCGGAGCGGGCUUCGCGACACGGGCGCCAUAGCGAGCACCCGAGCCGCGGAGAUUUACGGAUUGCGCGUUUUGGCCCGAGGUAUCGAGGACGAAUCCUGCAAUUUCACCCGCUUUCUUGUUCUGGCCCGUGAGCCGAUCGUUCCACCCGCGGAUCGGCCGUGCAAGACUUCGAUCGUGGUGGCCCAUGAUGGGGACCUCGGUGUUCUCUUCAGGCUUCUCUCCGCUUUCUCGUUUCGUGACAUUAAUCUGACAAAACUGGAGAGCAGGCCCAGGAGAAAUUUGCCCCGCCAUGGAUCGGGGCUUGUGAAGGAUUUUCAGUAUGUGUUUUACAUAGACUUUGAAGCCUCGGUUUGUGACAAGCGCGUUCAGAACGCCUUAACGGAGCUCAGCGAGUUCGCCACGUUUAUGAGGGUUCUCGGAAGUUAUCCUGUGGAUGCCUCUGCAAGACUCUGAUCAGGAUCUUGAUGGGGUUUACACGUAGUAUGUACGUCCAGGCAAUACUACUUGUAUAUAAAAAAAAAAAUUCUCAACUCUGACGUCUGUAGAUUCAAGGGAAAACUACUCAUAGACAGGUAUAUAUAUAAAAGAAUAAACUAUAUAAUGUAGUGGAAUAUGUUUUUUUUAAUGCUCAGAUAAUUGUCUUCUGUA